CAAUCCGUGAGUAGUGCAUGGGGUCAGCGAAUUUAGCGAGAUCUUGAAAAACCGAAAAAAAAAAUGCAAUUGGCAUCACAUGGUUACUGAAAGAGUUGUGAGUCUUGCAUUUGUCUGGUGGAGAGUGGCUUAUAAAUCGUUAAAGUCUUCGGCUGUCCAAUCCUGCCCGCUCACUGUUCACUCGUGAGUAUCGUCUCUCUCAAGUUUCUACAAAGCAAGCUUUCCCAACACUUUGUUCUAUCAUCGUCCAUAGCGUGGAGCUUCACAUCCCAAAGUACAAUGUCUCUUACCAGAAAAGCUUAUGUUAGUCUUUUUCUUGUAUUAGCUGUGCUUGGCAUGAAAGAUAAUUGCUCAGGGGCAAGGGUUUUCAGAAGAUCAAUGAUUGAAUCAAACACUGCCAAUUUGUUUGGUGGGCAUUCGAACGUGGUGGAUGUAACUAAAUUGGGUGCAAAGGGCGAUGGAGUCACUGAUGAAACCAAGGCAUUUCAGAGGGCAUGGCAAGUAGUUUGUGGCAAGGAUUCUGGUACACUACACAUUCCUGCUGGCCACCGAUUUCUAGUUGGGCCUCUGACCUUCUCUGGACCCUGCAAACAGAACAUCCACUUUCAGGUUGAUGGAAGUGUGAUCGCAUCGGUGAAUCCAGAGGCCUGGGCAUCUAAACCGUUGCAAUGGAUAAGUUUUUCAGAACUAGAUGGUAUUAUUGUAGCCGGCAAAGGCCUUUUUGACGGACAAGGGGCAUCCUGGUGGAAACUUUCAGACUUAGACGUUGAGGUUAGCAGCCAAAGAGGUGGAAGCAAAUUACCAACCAUCAGGCCCACGGCAUUGCGGUUCUAUGGAAGCUAUGGCGUGAGCGUCCAGGGGAUCACAAUACAAAACAGUCCACAAUCUCACCUCAAGAUCGACAGUUGCACUUCUGUUACAGUAGCUAAUGUCACAAUCUCCUCUCCUGCAAACAUCCCAAAUACAGAUGGAAUUUAUCUCGAGAAUUCUGACGAGGUUGAAAUACACCAUUCUUCUAUGGCAUGCGGAGACGACUGUGUGUCCAUUCAAACAGGCUGCACAGGCAUCCGUGUGCACAAUAUUAACUGCGGCCCUGGUCAUGGUGUCAGUAUUGGAGGACUUGGUAAAGACGGAGCGAAGGCCUGUGUUUCCAAUGUGAGUGUGUAUGACAGCAACAUCCAUGAUGCUUCCAAUGGCGUUCGGAUCAAAACAUGGCAGGGGGGAAUAGGAGAGGUGAAAAUGGUGUCCUUUUCCAACAUACAGGUUUCCAACGUAAGAGUGCCCAUUGGUAUUGAUCAAUUUUACUGUGAGGAAAAGGCCUGCAGAAAUCUAACAUCUGGGGUAUUCAUAUCGGACAUCACUUAUGAAAAAAUCACAGGCACUUAUGUGGAAACACCAGUUUAUAUGGCUUGCAGCGACAGUGUGCCAUGCACCAAUCUAAAGCUCAUCAACAUUCAACUUCAGCCUGCGGCUGCAAAUAGAAAGAAUCCCUUCUGCUUGAAUAGCUAUGGAGAACAAUUAUCAAGCAUGAAGUGCCUAUGGCCUGGAAGACCUCGCAAUGAUCCUUCCCACACUUUAUCACCCGAAGAUGAAUGCUAAUACUACAUAAAUUCUUGAACAUUCGCUUGUAUAUUAUGUAAUCUACUACUUGUAAAUCAAAAGUAUCAGUCUUAAUAUUAUACAACAUGAUUUGAUUGAAUUGAAAGAAUUGUCCUCUCUAUGUCAA